AUGAGGAAUCAUUCGGGGGUGAUACUGUUGGCAUUUGUUAUUUUGGUUUUAGGUAUUUGCAGGGCCUAUGGUGCAAUUUCAGCAGCUACAACGCAAGAGAUUGAGAAAGUGAAUGAGAAGGGUCCAUAUUUGGGAAUUAUAGUGCCAAAUAUGUUUGAGAUGAACCCUCUUCUCCAAUCUCCAAGUUUUGUAGCUGAUCUCAAAGUUCCUUACUUGGAGUAUUUCGGAAGAAGAUUUAGGUUCGGGAAGGUGGAAAAUGAGAAGGUUAUAAUAGUGAUGACUGGAUUGGGCAUGCUGAAUUCAGGAAUCACAACACAGUUGCUGCUAACUCUGUUUAAGUUGAAAGGUGUCCUACACUAUGGAAUUGCAGGAAAUGCAGAUCCUCAGCUCCAAAUCGGAGAUGUGACUGUCCCACAAUAUUGGGCACAUACAGGCCUUUGGAAUUGGCAGAGAUAUGGAGAUGGGCCUAAUGAUGAACUGGCUUUAGAAUCUAAUGGUGACUACACCAGGGAAAUCGGUUACCUUAGAUUUUCUAAAUUCCAAAAUGGUUCAGAAAACGGGAAGACAGUGGAUAACUUUUUAAACAAUGUUUGGUACCAACCAGAAGAGAUAUUUCCAGUAAAUGGAGUUCCAGAAGUUAGACAGCAUUCCUUCUGGGUUCCUGUCAACAAGCAUUACUUUGAUGUCGCAAAGAGAAUUGAGGGUAUGAAGUUUCAGAGAUGCGUUAAUUCAACCUGUUUACCAAGAUCACCAAAAGCAGUGAGAGUUAAAAGUGGGUCUAGUUCAAAUACUUUUGUCGAUAACAGUGCUUAUCGAGAGUUCCUCAACUCCAAGUUCAACGUAACUCCAAUAGACAUGGAAAGUGCUGCAGUUGCCCUGGUUUGUCAUCAACAACAUAUUCCAUUCAUUGCAAUUAGGGCUCUGUCUGAUUUAGCUGGCGGGGGUUCUGCAGUUUCCAAUGAAGCAGACAUCUUUGCAUCCUUGGCUGCUCAAAAUGCUGUAGAUGCUUCACUUCGAUUCAUUGCCUUAUUGGUUCCACAGUUGGAAUUUCUGCAUAAGGCCGGUUCUGAUUCUUAA